AUGUCCAUUAAUAGUCUUACAAUGCAGGACAGUGGUGUGCUGCCCUUCUUACCGCUAGAUGGGGAGUCAACCCCCUACGGGGCCGUUCUGACCAGUACAGCGUGGUACCCUUUGAUGGGACCCGGACUCAAACCCAACAAAAAGUACGAAGGCGCAAUUCGAAUGAAUUUCAAGUUGUUUGUCACAUCGCACAGACUUGUGUUUGUUAACUGCAGCCAGGGUGCAGAGGAAGAAGUUAAAAAUAUAGUUGUCCUUUACCGGCAGCUGGUGCUGCCAGCAGGCGUGUCACAGCCACUUACUCUCGAGAUGCCUUGGAUUGGGUCAAAUUAUCUCAGAUUCGCAUUCAGGGUCUUGCCUGAACAGACCGGCCAAAACGGGCAACGCCUCAAUAGCAUUUACACGUGGCUUUGCGAUGUUGCCAUGGAAAAGGGCGCGCCUUCGCUGAAAGACGCCUUCCAGCUGCAUGACGCUAUACGGCAGGCCUUGGCAGACAGAACCUCUGCCGAAGGUGAGGCCCACCAGGAAGAACCCUUGCCACUGUACACGCCGUAA